AACUGCAGGAAAUGGUGUCUCUAUAAUCGGGUGCGUCUUACAGGAAGAGGGGUGUACAUUUUCUCAUACUAAGACAAAGCUUUGGAACUGUAGCACAGCUGUAUAAUCUUGAUAAGCGAUAAUAUUAUAAAGAUGAAUGGACUCUGGAUCUGUGCUUGAAUCAUGUUUGUAAGGGAGGGUGUGUGCUUGAGAUGAUCUGGGUGCAUUUUGAAGAACACAGGAGAGAGAACAACCAGAAGCUGAAGAACAGGGCUGGUGUAAAUGUGAAGAGGGAGGUAACAUUUCUCACACACAGAUGCUUUAGUUAUAUUGCCGACUUCAUAAUAUGAGUUUAAUGUUUAAUUUUCAGGAACUAUGGAAUUUCUAAAGAUUCUGACAGGGAUGAAAACCGAUCAUGAAGCACAGAGAUUUCUGGACUAAUUUAAAGACAUUUUACAGUGAAGUGUGUGGAUUUCAAAGUGAAGCUAAGCUACAGAUUUAGCAGAAGCCAUUACAGAGCUCAUUCCUACCUGUUGUUGCCUGUGAAUCCCUUCCCUGGACCUGAGGGUAAAUCUCCAUUAAGAUUUCUCGUUCCAUUCCUGGGCAAAAAACGUACAAUAUCUCUGAGACAGAAUGGCGUCUGGAUCUUCUCUCCUGGAAGAGGAGCUCUCCUGUCCUGUGUGCUCUGAAAUCUUCACGGAUCCUGUUGUACUGAGAUGCAGUCACAGCUUCUGUGAGGCCUGUCUGCAGCAGUACUGGGAACACAAGGGAUCUCAGGAGUGCCCAGUUUGCAGGAGAAGAGAUUCUAACACUCAUCCUCCCUGUAACCUGUCUCUGAGGAAUACCUGUGAGGCAUUCUUAAAGGAGAGAAGUCAGAGAGCUGAAGCAGGAUCUGAAGUGCUCUGCAGUCUGCACAGUGAGAAACUCAAACUCUUCUGUUUGGAGGAUCAAAUACCUGUCUGUAAUAUCUGUCAAACUUCAAAAAACCAUGAAAACCACAAAUUUCGACCAGUUCAGGAGGCUGCAGAAGAAAAUAAGGGGAAACUCAGGACUGCACUGGCUCCACUGCAGGAGAAGCUAAAAGCCUUUAAGGCAGUGAAACUACUCUGUGAUCAAACAGCAGAACACAUCAAGAGCCAGGCCCAGCGCACAGAGAGACAGAUAAAGAUGGAGUUUGAGAAACUUCAGCAGUUCCUAAAAGAUGAAGAGGCAGCCAGGAUCACUGCACUGAGGGAGGAAGAGGAGCAGAAGAGUCAGAUGAUGAAGGAGAAGAUUGAGAAGAUGACAGAAGAGAUAUCAUCCCUUUCAGAACAGAUCAGAGCCAUAGAACAGGAGCUGGGAGCUGAAGACAUCUCAUUCCUGCAGAGCUACAAGGACACACAUAACAGAGCCCAGUGCACACUGGGGGAUCCAGAGAAGGUCUCAGGACCGCUGAUUGAUGUGGCCAAGCACCUGGGCAAUCUGAAGUACAGAGUGUGGGAGAAGAUGCUGGGGACUGUUCAAUACACUCCUGUGACUCUGGACCCAAACACAUCACAUCCACUCCUCUCACUGUCUGAGGAUCUGACCAGUGUGAGAUACAGUGAUGAGAGACAGCAGGUUCCUGAUAAUCCAGAGAGAUGUGUUGGGUGGUUGUGUGUGCUGGGCUCUGAGGGAUUCAGCUCAGGGAGACACUGCUGGGAUGUAGAAGUGGGGGGUGUGGCCUGGAUGGUGGGUGUGGUUAAAGAGUCCUUCAGCAGGAAAGGGGUCUUCAUUCUGAGCCCAGUAGGAGGAGUGUGGGGUAUAGAGCUGACCAGUGGGGAAUACAGAGCCAUGACCUCCCCACCUACACACCUCACUGUAAAGAGGGACCUCCAGAGGGUCAGAGUGCAGCUGGACUGGGACAGGGGGAAGGUGUCAUUCUCUGACCCCAGUGACAACACUCCUCUCUACACUUUUAAACACUCCUUCACUGAGAGACUGUUUCCAUUCUUUAGUACUCUGGGGACUGUGCGGAUCUGUCCACUGAAGGUGUCUGUAAGUGUAAAAUAGCACUGUGGGAUUGUCGGUAAACAUCGGCUGAAAUCAAAGGACUGUAUUUGUUCAACUCAGAGCAGGUUGACUUCAAAUGUCAUGAAAAAAGGGCAUCAUUAACAAAAUAUAGCCUAUUAUCUGAAAUGUAAAUACAAACAUUCGAAAGUGCUUGAUGAGAAAUGUCUGAUCUCUCUGAUAUAACCUCACAAUGUUAUUACUGAGUAAUUACUGUGGUACAUGGUGGUAUUGUAAGUACACUGGUGUGUGUGUAAUGAGUUGGGGUGUAAUAAAUACACCA